AUGGACAUGGAGCAGGUAAAUUUCCUUAGUUUCGGACAAGGCGUCUACCCUGCAGCUGGAUACGGAAACCUAUAUGGAGCUCUUGGUCAGAUUUUGCCUGCUGCUGAACAGUCGGGUGGAACCACUCAGGUUUCAUUUGGUGAAGCUCCUGCUGGAUUUGACGGAAUAAGUCAGUUGGAGGCUCAGCCUGCAGGCCUUCUUCCAAACGGAGCGCCUCCUGGUGGUCAGACGCUCGGACUGACUGCGGAGAAAUCGAACUCCAAAUACGGUGUUGGCGGGCUGCAGUUUGGGGAACCUGUCCAUCUGGGAACCAACGGGGCGGGAAACUACGGUUACGGAGUUAACCUGCAUCUGCCUGCAGGCGACGGUAGAGCAACUGGAAAAUACGGAUAUGGAGGCGUCCUAAACGGUGGGCAGCUUUUAGGCCUGGGUAAUCAUGGAAAUAUUCCAGGUUAUGGGACUCUUCCUUAUGAAGCUCAACCAGCUGGAUUUACUCCGGAAGCCAUUUCUUCCAGCCAAUAUGGCCUCAUUGGAUCGCCGUAUCAUCCUGCACCUUCUGGAUCUGGAUAUAACGGAAAAUCAGCUGCAAAAUAUGGUGGUGGAGAGACUCCCUACGCGCCACAAAUUCUUGGUUUGGGAGAAGCAAAAUCAGGAAAAUACGGUAAACAGGAAGCUCACCAGUCUCAGCCUCUUGAAUCUGCAGCUGAAGAGAACGUGGGCUACUUAAAAGGACAAGUGAAGCCAGAAGCGGUUGCAUUUCCCACUCCCAGUCCGUCCCUGGAGGACUCGCCAGUCCUUGUAGGCUCCUUCACACUGGAUGAAGGUGUGCAGGAUUUAUCUGAUGGCACGGCGGGUUUACUGGACUCUUCACCUGCUACAGAGACGCAGGGCGAAUCUCACCUGUCUGAGAAUCCGGAUGACCUGCAGCUGCCGCGGCAGAUACAAAUUCAGCAGCAACUCAAGCUGCAUUUCCACCCUCAAGGCAAGUCCUGGAGCUGCUACAAUCUCCACUGCAGAGCUUUGCAAAAUUAUUCAUACAAGGAAUGA